GGAGUCUGGUGUGGGAGGACAGCCAGGGGGCGUGGCGCUCUGGGGGAUUAUCUCGAGGUGCGCCUCGCGGACCGAGCUGUGAUUGGUUGGCGCUCCAGGCAAACGGCACGCGACUAUGGAUGUCGCUAUAAAGAACCCUCGCGUGCCGGUUCUUGAACUAAAACUAACUGUUGACCGCGAGCAGCGAACACAGACCAACCAGCUGAUAAAAGACGCGGCGUGGCAUUGUUUCCGCAGCAACAGGGCCCGAAGCCGCGCGGACGAAGAUGGACAGCGUGCUGGACCCCUUCUCCGGACUCGACUCUUUCUCCUCCCCUCCUUAUUUCGACGAUGACGAGUUUUUCACCGACCAGUCCUCCAGAGACGGACACUUGGACACUGAGGACUUUUUGGAUGACGACGUCGACUUCCUCACCAGUCAUUUCCAAGACUAUUACAGCAAAGACGGCGGUAGCAGAGCAGCGCCUCGCGAUGGAGACUACGACAUCUGCAACUUGUCCUUCUCCUCCUCGUCCUCCACCUUCUCGUACGGCUGCGCCGACAGCACCCCGGACCUGUCCCCUCGGGCGGGCCGUCACGGCGGGCCGUCACUGAAGCGGAGGCGGCGGCUGAGAUCUGAGAUGGAGAUGCAGCAGCUGCGGCAGGCGGCCAACGUCAGGGAGCGGCGGAGGAUGCAGUCCAUCAACGACGCGUUCGAGGGGCUCCGCUCCCACAUCCCGACCCUGCCCUACGAGAAAAGACUGUCCAAGGUGGACACUCUGCGGCUCGCCAUCGGCUACAUCAACUUCCUCGCCGAGCUCGUCCAGUCUGAUCUGCCCAUCAGAAACUCCAGCGGCGACACGCACGCGCAACCCAAGAAGGUCAUCAUCUGCCACAGAGGAACAAGGUCUCCCUCCCCCAGCGACCCGGACUACGGCCUGCCUCCUCUGGCCGGUCACUCUCUGUCCUGGUCGGAUGAAAAGCAACUCCGGGAGCAGAACAUCAUCCGCACCGCCAAGGUCUGGACUCCGGAAGACCCCCGGAAAGUGCACAACAAACCGGGCCUCACAGACAUUGAAAACGAGCCUCCUUUCGGCCUGGUGGCCUGAAGAGAAGCAGGCGGCGGGGUAGCUUCUGUCGUCUGUUAACGUCACAAUGUGAGCUCACUGCACUGUGCAACACUGUGUCCCAGCUGUAAAUACUUUUAUCACGUUGAUAAUUUUAUUUUUGUAAUUCAGGCAACUGGCAAUCAUGUAUUUAUUUUUUUACAAGUGAUAAUAUAUUAUGUUUUAAUUUAAUUGAACGAAUGAGAGAGAGACAUAUAUUGUUGUACAAUGAUUUAUAUUUAUAUUCACUCUGCAAAUAAAAGCACUUACUGAUCCAAAC